CUCAUUGGUAGUGCCAACCUUUGACACAAGAAGCGUUGAGCAAUACGAAUGACCAAAUUGACGCAAUAUGAGUUUCUUUCCUCGCCUGAUUUAGAAAAAAAAUGAAAGAUUACCGAGCCAGGAAGGCGAGUACGCACUUUUGCGCACUUGAUACAAUGCCAAGGGAAAGUGGCGUGUCGUGUGUGAGGUUGUCCGCGGGCUGGGUGUUCCUAUAAUUAGUUUGAAUGAGUUAAUCUAUAGAAAUCAAGUGAUCACCCCACACGCUUGGUUUGGUUUGUAAAUCAGAUCAAGUUCAUACUCUGUUUGGAGACAGAAUACCUGUCAUUGCCGGGGAAGCUCCCUCAGAAGGAACCAAAGCCCACGAGGUCUAAUCACUCCUCUCCUGUAGAUGGGUCUGGUACAGUGGUUGAAGAGCCAGUUCUUGUGUCAACUGAUCAUCUGCUAUGGAUUCUUGGUCAGCGGUCUCCUGAUUAACUUAUUACAGAUCUGCACACUGCCCCUCUGGCCGAUCAACAAGCAGCUGGCCAGGAAGAUCAACUGCAAACUGGGAUACUCUCUAACCAGCCAGUCUGUGGCAAUCUUGGAGUGGUGGUCUGGCACUGAAGUCACUUUAUACACAGACCCGGAGAGCUGCCGACACUAUGGCAAGGAGAACGCCAUUGUCAUUCUCAACCACAACUUUGAAAUAGACUUUCUUUGUGGCUGGAGCUUCUGUGACCGAUUUGGGCUCCUUGGGUCGUCAAAAUGUUUAGCCAAGAAGGAGUUGUCGUACAUGCCUAUCAUUGGCUGGAUGUGGUACUUCCUGGAGAUGGUGUUCAUUAAGAGGAAGUGGGAGGAAGACGAGACGUGCUUUGUCCAGAGUCUUCAGAACCUACGGGAUUACCCUGAGAAGUUCUGGUUCCUGAUCCAAUGUGAGGGAACCCGCUUUACAGCGGAAAAGCAUCGCAUCAGCAUGGAGGUGGCUGAGAAGAAAGGCCUGCCCAAACUCAAACACCAUAUCCUGCCGAGGACCAAGGGCUUUUGGGUAGCUGUCCAGAAACUCAGAGGGACAGUUGCUGCGGUUUACUGUUGUACCCUAAAUUUCCGAAACGGCGAAACGCCAACCCUGCGGGGGGUUAUCAGUGGGACGACCUAUCAUCCAGACAUCUACAUACGGAGAAUCCCUCUGGGUUCUGUACCUGAAGAUGAGACUGAGUGUUCUGCCUGGCUUCACAAACUCUACCAGGAGAAGGACAAGUUCCAGGAGGACUACAUACAGACCGGGCGUUUCCCAGGACCCAUAGUCACAGCACCCCGCUCACCCUGGACCCUGAUCAACUGGUUGGUCUGGACCAGCCUCCUCCUCUACACCCUCUGCCUUGUCCUGUUCCAAGUCGUGACGUCUGGGUCCAUUCUCACCACACUGGCCACUGUGUUUCUCUGCUUUGCGGUGUCGUUUGGUGUACGCCGGAUGAUCGGGGAGACCGAAAUCAGGAAAAGCUCCAGAUACGGUGUCCCGGUUAACAACAACAACUGAGGUGAUGACAUUAUAACCCCAGUGUGCCAGCACCACAUAAACUGACAUCGCCAAUCUGACAACCAAAGCAAAUCUCCACGCUGCCCCAGGAGACGACUCCCAAGAGAGGAUUCAUCGCUGGUCCGGGAUAUAGGUGUAGUGAGGCAGGACGAGACCGUGUCGGCUGGUUCCUAAACGUUUAGAAAGGCACAGCUGUACGCUAAUGUCAGGUCUAAGGGGUUGGUGGUUGGCUUGACUGAGCCUAUAAAAAGCGGACACAUCCGGAGUUCUAACUCCUGCUGGCCUUCGUUGUUCUUGUCAAAAGCCAAGAUGAGCAGUGUGAAUGAAACGUGGUGACUUUGUCCAUUGCCCUUUAAAUGCACUGAUGAAAUUGUAAUUAAAUUUAAGAAUUCACGUGUUAUGUAUUUGCAUUUAAAUAAAGACCAAAGAAUAAACUGUAAACCUCUGA